CCCCCCUCAAACUCGGAAUUCUACUAAUGCAUGCGACUUUUCGGCUUUAAUCGAACGGUGCACACAGCCAGGCCCCGAUACCACCCAGAAAUGCCAGCACAGACCUUUGACGGCGCGCCUAACCACGAAUCAAAUUUGCGGCGGACGAUCGAGACUUGGUAGGCGAACGAACGCUGAAUGGCGGCUGUUAAGCUCACGAGGCGGUAGAAUGUUCGAGGAAAGGGACUUUCUCCUCUCUCCCUCCACCAUCGCCUUCCCCUUCCCCUAAUCUCAGGUCUUGUCCAGGUCAAGAGGACAGAAAGCAUCUCAGCAACCGUCGCCCGGGAUGCCUGCCCCAGAGUCGAGCUCUCCGACGGGCUUUUCCUGGCUGGACAUAUUCGACGAUCUCCCUUCCCAAUCACCUCAUAUCCCGCCUCCAACUCCCUCACCGCUAUCUCUCCCCGCAUCUCCCCCCUCGCGUACCUCUGCUGGCCAGGGGCACGCCGCGUUUGCCCAGAGCGAGCUGUGGGAGGAUGGAUGUCUUCCCUCUGGGACUAGCAGUUGCUCUACAGGUGCCGACAACCGUCUUUCCCUAGCCUCACAAUGCCUGCUCCCCGCCGCUGCCGUGGCACCCCUCACUCCACCGCUCGGUCUCGCCGCUUUCCCCUCCACUCCAGCCAGCUCUAUCCCUGCUCUAUCCUACAGCAAUUCGCCUGGUUCCCCCGGAAACAUCAUCCAAACUCCUCGGGUGUGCCAUUCGCUUUUGGAGCCUAUCAUGGCGGACCCAGAUGACAAUCCCUUCGUCGCCUUCAAGUCUCAUGGCGAACAAGACGGGCCGCCGGUGGUUGCACGCCCCAAACGACCGCACCCUCCCACCUUCCAGCUUCCCCAGGACUGGGUGACAGACACUCCUACCCCCAUUCGCUUUCACGCCGAUACAUGCGACAUUCCUGAACGACCCAUCUUCCCUCCUCCCACUGUCCCCAUCGCUCGGGCCGACGAGCCCGAAGACGUCAAUGUCGGCCUGCGAUGGCUGGCGCACAUGCCCAGCUCCGGCGGGCUCCUACCUUCUAUAGCCCGCCUCCGAGAGUCAAUGGAAGAUGCGCCCAUUGUCUGGUCCAAUAUAUUGGGCAUCAGCACGUACAUCAACAAUCCCAAGCGGCGGGUCUGCUGUGCCCCGACACAGUCCACGGCGCCGGCGCCCUCGGCUGAUUGCUCGGCUUUCCAAAGUGAGAUGGAUGAGCUCAUGGAGGACUGGAGAGAGACAAGUAUGGUGCAUGGGGUCUAUACCGUGAACCUUUUGAGCAGUGAUCCCGAGGUCCUCGAGAGGUCGAAAGUUAGUGUUAUCGAGGAGAUGAGACAAGCGCGCGACCUAGGAUUUCGGGCCCUUAUCAUACACCUUGGAUCCGAAGGCCAAGGAGUGAAAUCUUCCUCCCAUCGCCACCAAACCCUUUUGCGCCUCAUUCCAACCCUUCAAAACAUCAUAUCCUCCGUCCCUGACGUCACGCUCGCCCUCGAAAACACUUGCCACUCCUCCCCCUCUUCCCUCACUAACCUCGCCUCUAUUAUCGAAAUUUUGACUCAUUUUCCACCGUCUCGGCUGAAGCUCUGUCUCGACCUCUCGCAUUUGUACGUAAACGAGUUGGAUUUGAAUGAGGUGGAAGGAAGGAAUGCGAUGUGGGAGCUGUUGGAUCGCGUUGGGUGGAAGAGAGUGGUAGGGGUGCACGUGAGCGACAAUCACGUUGAGCAUGGCGGGAAAGGUGACAGACAUGCGAAUAUCGGCUGCGGCCACAUCACUCCGUCGUCCUUUCGAUCCAUCCUCUCGCAACCAUUCUUCAAGACCGUCCCACUCCUCCUCGAGUCUCCCCCCUACUUCAAAAACUUUGUUGUACCCUCCGAGUCCAUCCGCCGCAUGCCCCGGUACGCCACCCAGAUAAUCACUCUCGAGCACGAACGCUCUGCUCUUGAACGGGGCAUCAUAGAGUGCAUGAUUCAUCUAUCUGAUGACGAGUGGUACGAGGAAGAGGUCUGUUUAUGGGCCACCUACAAUGGGAUGAGGAAGGCGGUGGAGAGGAAGAUCUACAACAUCGUGAAGAAACAAGGUGGAGGGAUUUGGAAAUCAUUUUCGAAGGGGAGGAAGAAAGUAGUCGAGCAGCUCAGAGCGACAGAGGGCGCAAAGCGAAAGAAGAAGAAUAGUGCAAAACGAUGAAUUCCGAUUGGUGCGAGAAAAACA